CCCACGCUGCUCGGUGCUCUGUUGGUCAGGCCUACCCUAAGAUGGCGGCCCCCAUGUAGCGGACGAGCGUUCCUGUCUGUUACUUUAUACCUUCAUCCCCGAUCUAUCUAUUAGUCUAUCUCUGUCUCAGGUCCAUUAUCACUAGUAUGGCUCUGAGGACGUUAUUCAGAUGUUCGUCUUUAGUUGUUAGGGAGUUCGGCGCGUUGAGCAAGAGGACGCAGAAAUGGACGUCAGCUGUGACGGGAGGAACGUCAGGAGGAUCCCACGGAGUGCUGAUCGCCCCCGUCCCCCCGGUGAGGCACUACGCCCGGGCACUGAGGAGGAAAGCAGUCCCAGAGAGCCAGCUGAGUGACCUCCAGCCCAGCCUGCUGAGGAUGGACUACGCCGCCGUCCCCGCUGCUCAGACAACGGAUGAUCUUGUUAGAAGACUAAUAUCGUUGGAGUUGGCCUGCCACAGCGACAAACUGAGGCUGAAGAAGGAGCAGUUGGUUCAGAAAGUCAGACGGGACGAGAAUGACCGGAGCUCUGUCGAGGUCAAAGUCGCGGUCCUGACAGCGCGGAUCCGUAACUUUAAGGAGCACCUUCAGAAACACCACAAGGAUAAGGCCAAUAAGAGGCACAUGCUGCUGGCGGUGGACCAGAGGAAGAAGCUUCUGAAGAGGCUUCGUCUGGUGAACCACGAGGCCUUCCAGAGGGUCUGCACCCUGCUGGACAUCUCCUACAGCUUUCCCCCGGAGUACUACCGGCCCGCCACCCGCCGCUGGCUGGCCAAGAAGGCCCUCUGCAUGAAGGUCUACCAGGAGGUGCAGAAACACAAAGCUGACCUGAGACUGAAACUGAGGAAGGAAGUACCGAGCAGCUCCUCCUCCUCUUCCUCAUCACAGUAGAACUCAACUCAAUCCUUUCUCCUUCCACCAGCCCCAUCCUUCUCCUUCUCCUCCUCAGUAGGAGACUGUCCACUAAACCCUAGGCUCCUUCCUCCUCCUGCCUCCUUUCCUUUUCAAACAUAUGGUUCCACUUCUCUGCCCGUUGUUCCACACGCAGAAAAUAACUUACUGUAUGAGACUAAAUAAAGAAUGCAUUUAA